AGGAUUGUUAUGUUGGGGAUGACUGGAGCUGGAAAGAGUGCAACUGGAAACACAAUCCUGGGCAGAGAUCAGUUUGAAGAGGACAAUUGUCCAGAGUCAGUUACUCAACAGUCUGAGAGAAAAAUGACAAGAAAAGGUAACAGGACCAUCUCAAUAAUCGACACUCCAGGACUGCAGGAUACAUCAGCAAAUGAAAAUGAAGUGAAGGCUGAAAUAAAAAAGUGUAUGAGAAUGUCUACUCCUGGUCCUCAUGUGUUCCUGCUGGUCAUCAGAGUGGACGUGAGACUGACAGAGGAAGUGAAGAACACAGUGAAAUGGAUUCAGGAGAACUUUGGAGAAAAUUCAGCACGUCACACCAUCAUUGUGUUCACUCAUGCAGACUCACUGCAUAAACCCCUGAAAGAGCACAUAGAGGAGAGUCAAGAUCUACGACAAUUUGUUAUGACCUGUGGUGGCAGAUAUCAUCCAUUCAACAAUGAGGACAGAAAUAAUCAAGCUCAAGUAAAUGAGCUUGUGGAUAAGAUGGAUGAAUUGGUGAUUAGAAAUGAAGGAAGGCACUACACUGAUGAGAUGUUUAAUGAGGCCCAGAGAAAGUGUAACUGGAAAACUGUAAUUAUUAUAGCAGCAACUGUUUGUGGGAUAGGAGUGAUAGCAGUAGUAGCAGUGAAGAGAUGGAAAAAGUAA